GAUAAUUGAUAUGUCAGUUUCGUCUUCAGUUCGCUUAUCAAUUUUGCCUCUUUUUAAGUGUUUGCGAUAUAAUAGCCUUACGCUUCUUCAUCAAAGUACCAGAACCAUGGCCAGCGAAGGUAUUUCGCCCCAGGAAAUCGAAUCAUUAUGCCAAACACCAUGCCCCGCAACAAAGGAUUUCAUGUUCCAACAAACAAUGUAUCGAGUCAAGGAUCCUCGGAAAUCAAUACCGUUCUACACAGGAGUCCUUGGUAUGACACUAUUGAAACAGCUACAUUUCCCUGAGAUGAAGUUCUCCUUAUUCUUCAUGGGCUACGAGAAUCCCGCUGAGGUGCCUAAGGAUGAAACCCAGAGGACUACAUGGGCGAUGACUAGGAAGGCUACAUUAGAAUUGACAUACAAUUGGGGUUCGGAAAGUGACGAUUCAACUUACCACAAUGGUAAUUCAGACCCACGAGGCUUCGGGCACAUUGGUAUACUUGUACCCGAUGUUGAUGAAGCUUGUAAAAGAUUCGAGGAAAAGGGCGUAAAGUUCAUAAAGAAACCUCAAGACGGUAAAAUGAAGGGGCUGGCCUUCAUCCAGGACCCGGAUGGUUACUGGAUUGAAAUAUUCACAUCGAAAGUGGUUUCUUAAUGCCUUCAAUAUGACUUUGCCUCUGAUUUCGUCCAAGGGUAUUUUACAUGUCUCUUAAUUUUAGUGCAACCUAUGAUUACCGCAUAUCUACUCCCUGUAAAGAAGUUUAUAAGUCAGUAAAAUCAUUACUAAAUGGUACUAAUUAUAAACCUUAUAAAAUUAUACACAAGGCUUACUCUUCCUCUGUAAGAAAUCUUUAAGGGAUAGGGAUAUGAAUAAUAAUAUUUUGCGAGUCGCUUUGGGUACAUUUUGAGUUUCUGAAUGUUGACAUAUGGAUUGAAAGGGGGCUGAUUACUAAAAAUGGAAAAUGUCUUCUGGAAAUUUUAAAUACACUUUGGUGUUAUCACAGGUUAUGGUUAUGCAACUUUAGAUUCUAUAUUGAUUGUAUUAAAGCUUAUCUUGCUUUAACGAAAUUGCAGGCAAAGUUAGCAUUAUAAUCAUAAGAAAUAUUGUGUGUCCGUCGUUAAACAUAACAGUACAUUUCUCUAUAUAUCAUUAUAUGAAAAACAUUUGUAGUAUAGUUUUGUAAUUUCACUGUAUUGUAUUAUAUAUCUUUGAUUGUAUAUAAGUGUUAUGUACAUAAUCGAAAUAAAUUGGUUGAUUAUUAA